AUGGUGAUCUUCGGCUGCAAGGAAGACUACGACGUAACCGCUGGUUUUCUAGCUGCGACAUAUGAGCUGUUCUAUGAGUCCUUCCGGAAUAUUUUGAUCGAAGGGACAAGUCGGGCGGAGAAGAAGCGCUUGGGUUCUGCCUUGCGAGGAGCAGUUCGCGAGAUGCAAACUUUUCCAUCUAAACUAAGCGACCUUGAGAAGAGUUUACAGACUGGGAGAUCCUACUUUUACAGUCACAAUGAUAUGCUCGGAUUUAGUACACCAGCAACGUUUAUGAUCGGAUGGCUCAUCUUCCCACAAGUGACUGUGUGCUCUUUGGCCCUCUUCACCGUUAUUGAUGGUCUUCUCCAAGGUAGACCAUUCGCAAUUGGGUUUUGCAUCUGCGUUUAUGUACAUGUCCUACUGCUGAUGGUAGUCUUCAGAAUCAAGGAAGACUUCGAUGCUCUAAAUGGGUUUUUAGCAUCGGCCUUUGCGAUACUGUACAAGUCGGCGAAAGAAUGUGAAUCAUGGGAUCAGCUGAUCUAUCUAGUUUUGGGUUUUGUGGUCAUGGCUUAUUUGAAAAAUUAUCUUGUUGGUGGGAAAGGAGCCGAGCUUCUGGAUGACCGGGACUUGCCUCAGGGAUCUGAUAGAAGAAGAAGAAGGAUUUGA